AUGCCGGAGCUGCUGCCAGGGACGGUCACGACUCCGCGUCUGCUCUGGGGCCAAUUCGGCGAUUGGCUCUACGUGCAAUCACGGAGCCUGGCGGCAAGAGUGCAGACCUUCACGGUCUUUGCCGCAGCGCACGGCAAGCCAUCCGUCGAUGGGAAUCUUGGCGCCAUAGGUUUGGUCUUGGGCUUCAGGGUCUCAGAGUGCCCCGAAGUCAAGCAGCAACGUGGCGCGGAGGCCGGCAAGCAGCCGGCAAUGUCGGUGCCAUGGCUGCAGAAGCACUCCAAGGUCUCACAGUGCAAGCUUUGGAAGGAGCUCGGCAGUGGAGAGGCCUCCGGACAGCUGGUCGCGUCCCUGGCUGCGGUGGCCGCAUGGUUUCAGGAGUGGAAGGAGUCAGCCAGUCAUGACACCUUGCACGCCUACGUUCGCCACCUCUCCCUGACGGCAGAGCCUCCGACGCAUCCUCGCGUGCAGCGGACAGUUUUGCGUCUCCUCCGCCUCGCGGCCCGGCGCCGCAGCGCUGCAGCGAGCGACUGGGAGGCGAUCCUGACGCAGCUGGACACGCGCCUGCUGGAGCCAAUCCUACCACAGAUCCUGGCCUACAUGAACAGUCCGGCGGAGGAUGCCUCCGGCAUGAGCGCAACGGCAGCAGGCCUUUUCGCGCGGGUGGCGACGACGUCCCCACAUGCAGCGCUGUUUCCGGCGCUGGCUGCCCAACCACCUCGCGGGCUCUGCACCGUCACGCCGGGCGCGGCCCAGGCGAGGGAGAUCGUGGCCAAGCUACAUCCGGAGCUUCUUCCUACGGCAGAGCUCUUUGCCACGUCGUUGAAUGCCAUGGCCAUUCCAAUCGAUGAGGUCGCUCUGCGGCUGGUGCACCUCGCCGAAAGCUUCCUGGCAAGUCGGCCACCGGAGCAGGUCGUGGAGGCAGCAGGGAUGAUCUUGAGGCAUUUCGCUUCGCUUCUGGAUCUUCUCGACUCCGGUGUGGGCGAGGAGUGCUGCUUCCGCGGCAUUCUGCCUGCCAGCGAAGAUGAUGACGUACUAGCCUUCAUGGGCUGCGUGCCCUGCCUGACCACGGCCUACGCGCGGAGGUUCUUGUCUCUAUUCUUGCCACCUUUCCGUCGGCUUCUCUUCUUGCACCGGCCGUACCUGGCAAAAAUGCCGCAGUCCAGCUCCGCACGGACAGAGCUGACAAGGAGCCUCCUCUCACACCUUCGCCUGCUGCAGCGCACCUGCAGUCAUUUCGCCCGCGCUAGUUCUGUGCCGCUGGCAGAGCUGUCGCCUGCACUGCUGGGCAUGUUUCAGAAGUCGUCUGGCAGAAGCACUGCCGAUGUGGUCCUGCCCAUCCCGACGCAGGCGGGAACCGCUGAUCAAGGUGGUCUGAUGUAUCUUCGCCGUGCUUCUCAGACCGUGCAGAUGCUGUCUACGAAGACGAAGCCCAAGAAGUUGGACUUCGAAGCAGAGGAUGGCUCCUGGCACAGCUUCCUCCUCAAAGGCCACGACGACCUCCGCCUUGAUGGGCUGCUAAUGCAGCUUCUGCGUGCCGCCAACGCCGUGAUCGACUCUGGUGAGCACCUGGGAAGGAUCCACGGAAAAGAAAAUCCAUUCCAGACAGUAAUUGAGACGGUCGCUGCAGACAGCCUGGUUGCGAAGAAAGGGUCAUUGACCUUCAAGCUCGCCGGCCCACCCUCGGAGAUCCUUGGCCUUCUGGUCGACCAGGGAGUGCUCCGUGCCAUUUCCAUGCGGAAGUUACUUCGGCUGGGAAUGUGGAGACGCAGAGCCAUCAUCUCGCACGAGGCUCUGGGGGCCUUCUUGUCUCACAACUGGGAUGCCGACGGCUCUUCGAAAGUGGAUACUGGCGACGUCAAUUCUGGGAAUUUGUCUGGGCAUGUGGUUGUCUACGGUUCGUGUUUCGGGUGGAUUGGUGGGGGCUGGUUCGAGCACGAUACAACCAUUGCUCUGCAGGAUGUCUCGAAGGAGCUGUGGCUGCUGUGGAGCCCGCAGUACCUUUCCAGGCUCUGGUGCGUCUUCGAAAUUGCUGCCUUCCGCAUCGGCAACGCCAGCGGUCGCAUCCGCGUCCUGCCUUUGUUCAUGAGCAAGAGUGUUGUCAUCCUCUACUUCGGCGUCCAUAUAGCAUCCUGGGCAAUCUGGUGCGCGAUGGCGCUGGGUGUGAACAACCUGUGGAUGAUCGCACCCACGAUGCUGCCCCUCACCGCCAUGGUGCAGAGCCUCAGAAGGAACUGCCGCACCAGGGACAAGUUGCUGGAUGAGCUGCGGACUUUCCAGCUCUCUUCCCUGAAGUGCAGCAACCCGAGUGAUCGCGACUUCAUCCUUCCUGUUAUCGAAAGGUGGUAUGGCAGCCGCGGGGUCUUCGAGUAUUUCGUGCGCACCACGCUCUACCAGGAGCUGAAGCCUCUGCAGGGAAUGCCGAGGACGGGCCAGCAGCUGCUGAUCCUCACAUCGCCUUUGGCUGUUUCCGCCGAGCACAUGCUCAGCGUCCUCAAGUCUGGCGAGCCUGCUGAUCGAGUGGUUUCGCGACUGUUGGCAGUCCACGUGGGCGUUCAUGUCUUCGUCUGUCUCCUUCUUCUGCGCUUCCUCUUCAAUGCCACGGCUAAGUUCGCCGCCCCGCGUCGAUCCCGUCUCCUCGACUGGGGCUUCUCAGCGCUGCUGACCCUCAGUGUUGGAGUUAUCUACACAGGGAGCUUCUGGCUGGCAUUUCUCUCGGUGGAACUAGGACUUCAUGCGCAGCUGAAUGAACUCCGCAGCAAGAGGCCUUUCUUCGUCAUCCACAAGCAGCGUCGGCAGGCUUCCUCGAGUGAGCCGAAGACGAAGGAGGGUCUUCGGCCGUCCUCUGCCGACCUGUGGCAAAAGAAGAUCCAGCAACACCUCAGGAGCAUGGACAUUGAUGUCAAUACGACUCCUCGCAAGCACUGGCCAUUGGAGGCCCUUCGCAGGACCUUCGAGGAGAUGCAGGCGGACGGCCCGGUAGAUCUGCUGAGCCGCGAGCUUUUGCUGAGCUCCCUGCACCCAGGACAACACUUCGCGCGCACCGCAGCCUUCGCCAAUUCCGUCGGGCUUUCCUCGGUUCUCGGGCAUCUCAUCGGUCUGGGUGACCGACAUUUGGACAACCUCCUCUUGGACUUGACCACUGGGGAGGUGAUCCACGUGGACUAUUCCAUUUGCUUUGACAGAGGGGCCCGGCUCAGGGUGCCGGAGCGUGUGCCUUUCCGCCUCUCGCGCUGCAUGGUGCACGCGCUGGGCGCCUUGGGAGUCGCGGGGCCUCUGCUGUCGACGAUGGAGCUUGGCCUGGGGCUCUUGGCCGAGUGGCAAGAGCUUUUCGUGGCCCUCGCUGGGCCAUGCCUGCUUCUGGCCCCAGUGAACGAUUGGCUCUACCCGGUCACAAGCCCUUUCAAGUUGAUCGCGCCGGCGCCGACGAAAGCUCUCCAAGCCCAGGAGCCGUCGCCCCAACCAGCUCCCACGCCGCCUCCGGGCCCUGAGACACCACCAGAGGACGCGACACAGAGCCAAGGCAGCGAGACGAACAUACUGGACUCCAAGCUGGCAUGGCCGCCGCUGGGACCGGUUGCCAAAGCCUCGGCAGCGGCCCCAACCACCGAGGCUGGAAGUGACGACCUGAUGGACGAGGAGAGCAGUGGUGAUGAGAAACAAGAAGGCCGUGACGACGAUGAGGAGGCGGAUGGUGGAAGGACUGACACUUCCCCGAAUCGAGGAGAAGAGGAAUGCCUCCUCGCACAAGAUCGAGAAGAAGUAGACGACCCACUGGGAGACGGCUUCGUCCCCGCCGCCCGUGCAAAGAGCGGUUCCGGUGCACUUGCCGAGGCCGAGCUUGCCGGAGCUGGAGCUGCUGCGGAGGACGAGGAGGAUGAGGGCGAGGAGGCUUCGCAGGUCUCCGAGGCCGAGUCCGCCGAGCUCUCCGGCGGUGAGCUCCCAGAAGCCGCAGGUGCUUCCCGCACUCGCUCAGUACCCAGUUGUCCCUGGGCCGAUUUCGCACUUCGCAGCCUUCGGAAGAAGAUGCCCCACCCAGGGACCGCGCUCGGAGCAGAGGCCGAGUCCCUGAUUGCUGCCGCAACGGACCCGGACGAGCUGGCGCAGAUGUAUGAAGGAUGGACCUCCUGGAUUUGA